UUUCUGGAUUAUCAUUUUUCCUGUCCACUUUCAUUCAUUCAAUACUUCUGGCAAGGUCAAGACCUUCCACUUGGUGUCCGUGAUACUCAGCCUAACUCUAUUCCAAUUGUGGGCAUGUCCCUCAGCAAAGGGUUUGCACCCAGCAUUUUUGUUCCAAGAAAGUGCCUUCCACUGGACCUAGAAGUUUUUCCCUACAUCUUCUCAGUUCCAUUUGUUCUUUUAGCCAUCUGUGCCAUUUCGUUCCUCGUUAUUACUGUGUGGCAUGUUGGAAAUGUGAGAUAUCGUCUGCAGAGAAAACCGUUUCCGAGGGAUGCCAAGUUCAAAGCUACGGAAGUGAAACUCAUCAUUCUUCUUGUUGCCUACAUGUGUGUGGCCCUUCACUCGACUCUUUCCGCAAACAUAACUCUGAGUCACACUGCUGACCACUCACGAAUUAUUGGGGACCACUUACUCUGCGAAAGUCUGGGAGACCCAGAGGCAGUGUGCUCCAGGGCUGGGUUUGAAGAACUCGAGCAAGACAGCAUUGUUGAGACCUUUGUCUACAUUGCUUUUGCUCUCUACCCAGCAGUUUUC